AAUCGAAAUAGUCGAAGUCACACAUAACACAUACGUCUGGAGCACAGGAGUAUUCUCUCGAUGCCGCGAUUACAGCCUUUGAACAGGUUAACUAACAUGCCGUCAGAAAAUUCUCCGCUUCUUGAUAAUGAAGUUGUAAGUUUUAGCUCCGAUCAUUUUGUCAUACCCUUCCUUUUCGCGACGCUCUUUGUAAUUCUUCUACAAAAACGUAUACACUAUUACAGACUGACUAUUAGCUUACUUUGUUUUUGGUCGUAGCCUGGAGUUCAACACCAAGUAACCCGUAGAAGACGUUUGUCAGAAGCUGCUGACAAUUCACGAUCAGUAUCAAGCGAGGUGAGUAGGACAAAUCAAAUAGGUUGUCUUAUAGUCUUCAACAUUCGAAACAAGAUUAACAGCUUCCUAGGUACUUAACCCAAGCUCAGAUUUUAUUUCUCUCUCUUUUUUGUAGAAUGGCUCUCUAUGUAAUUCAGUGUCAGAACCAGGAAGUCUUCAAAAGAUCUCAUCGAAAUAUGAGGUACCGCAAAUAAUAUAUUUCCAAACCAUAGGUUCAAUGCUGUUGUUGAAGACACACAGUUUUAGCUAUUAAUAACAUCACGCGGUGUCACAUGCUUUGAAUUUUACACUAGUGCAUAGCCUAAAGAAUAUAAUCAUUAAAGUAUGCUGAUGCCAAUGAUCAAGAUGUUAAAUUCCUGACAUUAUAACUUGGUUAUGAAUGACAUCAAUCAGUAUUGAUGGGUUAUCAUUGAGUAAUCAUGAUUAUGCACUUAUCAGCAGCCAUCCAGGGGAUCGACCCCAGGGAACUUCCGGGCAGUUUUGACUGAUGGUCCCAAAGUGAGCAUGUGUACCAAACAAAAUGUUUUCAGCUUUGUGCAGACUUCUAUAAGACAUGCACUCUUGUAGUCCUGAAAAAAUGAAAUUUUAGGCUUAGGUGUGGCUCUGUAAAAUUUAAGCCGGCCCUUCUCCUUCCUGCCCCCAACCUCUCCCACCCCCUCACCUAGGAAACUGCAAAUGCCCAAGACAGCCAUGGAGUCAUGCACAGCUACUGUUAAAAAUUGUAUUACAAAUUAGGGAUGUCCCCAGCCGUUUUGAAAGAGGGAUUCCAACUUGCUUAAAGCUAGUCACUCAAGGAAGUUUAAUUAUACGGCAUUAAGGAGGCAUGCCCAUGUCAUCUGCUGUAGAUGACCAACUUCUUGACAUUUUUUCCUUAUAUCUCAACCUUAUAAGAUGAAAACGUAGUAAUAGUCAAUGAAAACCUUACCCUGGUUCUUGAACUUGUGCAAGAAUUUUAUUCCGGUACGAAAUCUCACAACAGCAUCAUGUAACUAAUUAAAGGAGCGAUUACUCAUUUUGGUAUAAAAUUGGCCUGCCAGUGGACAGGAAUGGGUAGCAAAUGUGGUAACUUUCCUCAAUCCAAGAUUUACUCUUCCAGUUUGGUUUCUGAAUGAACUUGAUUCUCUGUUUUCUUUUAAAAAAAACCAAUGUGAUAAGAAUGGCCACAAUGUUAAUGGCCAAUUCUAUAAGAAUUCUUUUGGAUCUGAAUUGCCUCUUUUGUGUACCUUACAACAGAGUUUAGAUUAUGAUACUUCAGAAAAUACUCUUUACUUCAAGGAACAGAAGUCUUAUUCAGCAGAGGUAAGAAAUGAUUCUGCAGUAUAGUUGAGAAUAAUAGUCUGAAUUAUUUUGUCCCAGAAAGUAUCCAUACCCCCUUUUUUGAGGGUUUGCUGGAAGUUCCAGUGAAGUUACAUACUUUUCCUGAAAGUUUUGACCUCAAAUCCCCCCUCCUCCUCCCUGUUAUCCCUGGAAAAUCCAUUGACAGGGUUCAUAUGGGACGUAGAAAACUUGGAAAGUCAUGAAGUUUAAUAAUUUCAUUUUUAGGCCUCAGAAAGUCAUGGUGGAAAAUAGCUCUAAUUUGCCAUCUUCUUCCUGACACUUCCUUGUCAGGCUACCUACAGACCUGGGGGGUGGGGGUACUUCCUCAUAAGAGUAGAGGCUAAUGGGUAUGUGCUGCUGGAUAGGGUCGCAUUUUCACGACUGGAGUGACUAUAAUGGGGUUGCAUUUUCAAUGGAGUUACUAGAAUGCGGUUGCACAUUUUCGGAUUUUUGGGGGUAAGACAGUUCUUCAUAUUUAUGGUUAGUAAAUGUACCAGAGUGUUUGUACUGCAGAUGAAAAGUAACGUGUUCUUCAUUCAAUCUAAAAAUGGGUCAAUUCAUAAAAAUAGAAAGUGACUAAGCUGGGAUCGCGAAAAUUACACAUAACCAUUUGCCCAAAAGUGACUACAGAAAAAGUUUGGUUUAGUGGCCUCUCCAAUAGCACUGUGUCCUUUCGGUUGUUGUUUUUUUUUUUUUUUACACAGGAACGACUGAAAAUCAACAUCAAUAGAUGGGUGGUCAUGUUUAUCAUAGGAUUCAUAACUGGACUUAUUGCAUUUUCAAUUGACUGUUUAAUAAUAAUCAUAGCUGACCAAAAGUAUAGUCUUAUAAAGGAAUGUAUCCUUUUUAUACUAAUUUUGCCUCCGGUAGUGUUGCAUCAACAAAAUUUAACUAUAAAUAUGGAGUUAACGAAUGGAACUUGAUCCCUAGAAAGAAAGGUGAAAAACCCAUUGUACUGAAAAUAAUAAUGAUUAUUAUUAGUUCAUUAACAGGCAACUACAGUGUUGCACAGGGAGUCCGUUUAUUGAUACACAAAGACAAACAGUUGUUAAAGUUCAUGUUAACAGUUGAGUUAAGCUCCAGGGCAGGGAUAUUUUUUAUUUGGCCAGAUGCUAAGUUUCCUGUCGCUGUCAUCUUUGAUUUGGGUAACAGAGAAAGAUUAGGGAGAGUGAAAGUAGAGACUGACCCCUUUGAUUAGCUCCAACUCAUUUAUUUAUUUAUUUAUUUUUGGAAUUCAUUGUGGUAGUUACUUCAGCAAGUUAUUUAUUAAAGUAGCUGCAUGUUCAAAAAAAAAUGUCUGCAUUAUAGGCUACAGUUGAGGUGGAUAAAUCUAAAUUAAUUUUAAUUCUGAAAAAGUACAAAAAAAUAAUCAUUAUUUCAUAAUAACAAAGUAAUGAAAUAAUGUAUUUGUUGAUUGACUAACAAUAAUAAUUAAUGAAAGAUUUAUCCCAUUGUUUUUCAAAUAUGUAAAGAUCAAUAUUAGGAACUUAACUGCAACCUUGAAGAUAUUGACUGGUGUACCAGCGGUGACUGUAUGACUGCUCCUUUCUCAUUAUGGGUUGCGCUUGAUGUGCUCUUUGUCCUUAUUGCAACUGUGUUGGUUGUUUAUGGAGAGGUACAGCUGCUUUAAAAAUAGAAUAUUCCAAAAAAAUCCUAAUGCCCAUUGUGGAUGGAAUGCUGGAAAUUCAUGUUGAAGGGGAGGAGGCAUUAAAACAUCUAGAAACCCUUGCCAAAUAUCAAAAUAUCUAGCCAUCUUACUUUGUCAAGAGGUGUGGAUUUUUUCUGGAAUAACCCAGUUGAAUGGUGUACUGGUAAAUAUACUCGUGAGUCUAGCAGGAUUGAGCCUCAAACAUUCAAUCAACUUUAUAAUAUCAGUUUUUAUUGGCCAAGGCUGGAAAAAAACUAGCCUCUACUAAUUGGUGAUACCUAUAAUAAUACCUACAGUAAAACUACCAUUAAUAAUAAACAAUUAUUAGACUUCUCUGUAUGACAUUGUUUUUUCUUAUUCUCACUUUGAUGACUAUUUAAACACCAAAUUCAAUAAAGUGAAGCCUGACAACCAGUUUCAUUAGCUCUUUAAGUUAUUUUAGUGACCUUUUGUUAUAUCUCCUGUAGUCUUACUGUUCCUCCAAUAAUUAUGUGUUUUUAUUUUGAUAUGAUUUAUUUUUUCAGCCUGUUGCAAUCGGGAGUGGUAUUCCUCAAAUCAAGUGUUAUCUCAAUGGAGUACUCGUUCCUCAUGUGGUACGACUUAAGGUAUGUAGAUUAGAAAGAUGCAAUAAUUACAUAAUUAGUACCUAACAGAGGGAGCAAUCUUAUAGCUUCUUUUGUAAGGUAUAUAUGUACAUACAUUGUAAAUUCAAAGCUUUGUGUAAUUUUUUACAGUGAAUCUUUUAACAGGGAGGGUAUUGUGGUGGUGCUCUCUUUAUUUUAACUUUGUUUUAGCAGAAUACUCAUACCCUCUCCUCAAGAAGAACUCCCAUAUAAAAGUGACAGGGAUGCUUGUCAUCUUGCUUGGGGGUGUAAUUAUUAGUAAUCACUAAAAAAGCUGUAACACCUACCACACAAAAAUCUGAUGAGGCAUUCUAUGUUAACAUCUUUAGUGCAAUAAAAACUUCUCUAACUGAUUUAGUAUGGUCCUCAUUUAGGGGUCAGUUUAAGCUUGUGCCUCACCCAAAUUCAUCUCCCUUAGGGGUUUAAUAAUUAUUUUAAUUUUCAGACAAGCAUUCCCAUCAGUUAUAUGGGAGUACCCCCUCCGGUACCCUCUUAUUGAAAUCAUUGCUAACCGAAGUAUCAUCAUGUUCUUCAUUAGACCCUAUUCUGCAAAGUGGUAGGUGUAAUAUUCUCAGUGGCGGGUGGCUUGGCUUGUGGCAAGGAAGGUCCAAUGAUUCAUGCUGGUGCAGUAGUUGCUGCAGGUGUGUCCCAAGGAAGGUCUACAACGUUCAACAAAGACUUGCACUUGUUUCAUUAUUUUCGUGAGGACCACGAAAAAAGAGAUUUUGUUUCUGGAGGCGCAGCAGCUGGAGUGUCAGCAGCGUUUGGAGCUCCUGUUGGUAAGACUUUUCCCCGGGGGAGGGACUCCGUAUAUGAAAUGGGUGGGGAUGCUCGUCGUCUUGCUUAGGGGUAUAAAUUUCUGAUUUUGGUCUCACUUAGGGUGUUCUAGGGGCCAUCAUAUUUAGCCAUGAAGGUCUCGUUUAGGGUUGCACACGACAAAAACAUAAAAAUAUAUAUUUGAUAUGUAUAUUUUUAUUGCCUUUUAUUUAUUCCAUUCAUACUCAUUUGUCUGUGUUUUAACAUGGUCUCUUUUAGGGGUCAAAAAAAGCUUGGGCCAGGCCCAGAUCGGUCUCCUUUAGGGGUUUAAUUCAAAAUUUCCGACGAUCUUCCCCACCCCUUUCAUAUGCGGAGUCCCCUCCCCCCCGGGCCUUUUCAUCAUUUUAGUCAUUUCUCCUCUCCACUGGGUGUGUCGUUUAUCCAAGGGUGGCAUUUAUUCAUAGUAAUUUUGCUUCCAUCUGCGGCAUUUAUUAGAGGGCAGUGUUUAAUCUUGUAGAUACGGUACUCUCAAGACCUUUAUAUAGUUAAAUUUCUUUCAAUGUGGACGCUAACAGGACGUUUGAAAGUGUCCGUAUUAUUGAUCUGGGUGUCCUUAUAAAACAGGCUGUCAUGGUAUACAUCUUCACAGACACCUGUUUUAUCGACACAAAGGCUAAAGCAUACACUUUUUUCAGGAACAAACUGAAGAAACCUUGGCUCAUUCAAACAAUUUUGCACUAAAAGUUUAAGUUUGCUCAUUGCUUCAAAAGCUAAUGAUUUUGAAUAAUUCAUGACUUUGCUGUCAUUUUCAAUUUGCAACACAGCUAGAUGCAUAUGAACUGUGUUUUAACCAAACCUUAAAAAUACUGCGCAGAUCAGCAGUGUGUUUAAAGUGCCAUUUAAUUAAUUUGUGGGAAAGCGCUUCGUAGCACUUUCAUAAAAAUUUACUGUUUUUGCACUUCUUGCAGAUAAAAAGGGCAUGAAGCUUCUCAUUCUAAUCUUGUGUAGAUUAAUAUAACGAACAGCUAGUAAACGACAAGUAAAAGGAAAACUUGGUCAUGUGGUGUACAAACUGCCGUUUGCCGGUAACUUGAUUUUAAAUCUCUAACGACUUUAUCAAUAUUUUUUGGGGCUCUAAAAUGCUUCCCUUUCUUUUUAGGUGGAGUUCUUUUCAGUUUGGAAGAAGGAGCAAGCUUCUGGAAUCAAAGCCUAACGUGGCGAAUGUUCUUUGCUUCGAUGGUAUCAACGUUUACUCUUAAUGUUCUUUUAUCAAUUUACCAUGGUUCUCCAAUGGAUUUGUCAAAUCCUGGACUGAUCAAUUUUGGCUCCUUUGAGGUCAGUAUACUCAUACUGCUUCUAAUGGGAUUGCACUUACAAUGCUUAGAGAUAUAUUAUAAAAGAUGUAGAAAGAACACUACAGCAUGUAUUGAAAGGUCCAUCGUUGCAGGUCUUUGAGGGUUGCACUUGGAACAAAAAUGUUCCUAGAUUAGAAAUGAUUAUGUUUUUCUAAAUUAAAGAUACAGUGGUAUCCUUAAUUUAGAAAAACAUAGACUUUCAACAUGCUCUUUAAGUUUUUGCCAAGAUUUUAGCGUGUAUUUUACCUAUACAAAAUUUACUGUGAGACCGAGAUCCGAAGCAGCACUGCAUCCAGUUAAAAAAAUCAGCUUUUUUAUGCAGACUUAAGCGAAACUUGCAGCCAUUUGAAUGAAAAAGAGCUAAAGGGCAGGUUUUUUGCGCCCAACAAGCUCGAAAAUCCCACUAGGAAAGGAGAAAAAGAGAGAGCAAGGGGGAAGAAAGGAAGAGAAGAAAAAAAGGAAUGGGUGCACUCUUAGCCCAGUUUAUUUUUUCAGUAUCGGCAACUUUGGAGGUAGUUUCUGCUGACGUUUUCAAAAAUCCGACUUGAUGACUAUAAAAUGUUGAAAACAAAUCAAGUUUUUGAUUUUGGAUAGAGUAACUGUAGCCCCAUUUACAAGGGUCCGGACAAAUUUUUGAACGGACAAAAACUUGCACAGAUCCGCCUUUCGUUCACACGGUACCCGCAGAGCCGUGCACGUUUUUGAAAGGCAAACAGAACUGCAAUAUGUGACAAAAUUUGCACGGUCCGUUUAAACAGGUUGCACAGGUAAAAAACUCGUCCGUUCAAAAAUUUGUGCAGACCCGUGCAAACGGGUUCUGUGAGUGACUGGUUCGUUUUCUGUUUGAUCCUCAGGGACAGACCUAUUUCAGUUAUGAAUUCCCUUUAUUCUGUGUUAUGGCAAUUCUGGGUGAGUACGAUAAGUAUGAAUGCGGGUCAAAUUUUAAGCCCCAUUAUCCACACAUUUAAAUUCUCAAGACUGGUCUCCAUACAUUUUGUUGAAGAAUAAGUUGAGAGAAUUUGAUACGUGAUCAAAGCAUUUUCCCUGCGGUGAUCGUUUUAUUAACUCUCCCAACCUCUUCUCUUGAUGAUGAAUUUCUGUUGGUAAGAAAAAAUUGAUGUUGGUCGCUGUUGGGACUUGAGGGUUAAACCUUUUAUUGCUAAAAACCGGUUCAAAUAUUAAGCAUUGCUAAGACGACCCAAUUUCAUUUUCCAAAAUACUGAAAACAAGUUUCUCUUUAAAACUUCUUACCCUGACUGUGGUUUUCAAAGGGUUAACUUGUUUAUCCAACAUGUUCUAUUAAAAUAUAUAAUAUAAGUUUUGAUUGCUGUUGUUGUUGUUUUUUAGGUGGUUUAUUUGGGGCUCUUUUCAACGCCAUCAAUCACCAUUUAUCCAUUUUCAGGAUGAAGUAAGCAUGUUUAAUUUGAUGAAACAAGCUACUAAAAUGAUUACGACCUUUCAUUUGGAAAAUCUCGGCCACGCCGGUUUUAGCUAAUGUAGAUUUGCAGAUACAAAAUUUCCAUCUAGAAAUUCUCUGUAAGUAUCAAACGACCAUUCCCUUAAAGGGGCUGUGACGUCACGGCUGUCAAGUUCAUCUGGUUAAUAAUGCCAAUUUCCGGGGGGGGCGGUUACUUGAAUUAAUUUUUGCUGGUCAUGUGCCGCUGGCUUUUCAGAACCCCUACCCCAUUAUAGUCUAUUCUGUGGCCAAAUAUAGACCCCAUCUUAGUCACUUUUGGGAAAAUGUAAUUUUCGCGAUCCCAACGUAGUCGCUUUCUGUUCAUGCAUCUGUCUUAUAAAUCCUUUUAACUAGGUCAUUCUGAAAUAAAUUGACACAUUGGUUAAACUUAAUGAAAUAAAAAUCUUCCCAUUUUUAAAUCCCUACCUACCUCCAUUUUCUGAUGCCCCAAAUCCCGAAAAUGGGCGAUCCCAUUCUGGUAACUCUAAUGAAAUUGCAACCCAUUAUAGUCAAUCCAGUCGUGAAAAUGCGACCCCAUCCAACGUCAAAUCCCCAUUAGCCUGUUACUUGGAAGUAUUCCCCCCCUUGGGGGGCCAAUUCGCGUCCUUAUUCGCUAUAUAUAUAUGCAGGGCUCAAAAUAACGGCCGGUCAACGGACAAUGUCCGGUCUGAUCGUGGGCUUGACCGGUCAAACUCUCGUCUGGCCUGUCAUUUUGACCGGUCAUUUUUGGAUGCUUGUCGCUUAAUGCGUUUUGCUCUAUAACGCUGUAAUUCGCUGCUUUCUUUGUCUUUUUUUGCUGCUUUGCACUAAACCCUUUAAAGAAAAACGUUCUGCUUUGCUGUGAUCAGUAAUGUGACCUUCUUUGGGAAAACAUACGCUAACAAUAAUCCGUUAUUUUUUAGAAAACUAAAGGAUGAGUGAGAGUUUUUGUCCAUCAAACGUUUCACAUCUACUUGUAAGAGGAUUGUGAAAAUCACCUUCGACAGAAUUCGGACCAAUCGAUCGCUCGUCCUGUACUGUUUCUCUGGGAAUAAAUUUCAGCGCAUCAAUUAAUAAUAUUAUAAUAAUUUCUUUAUGUCGAACAUGAUCUCGUUUGCAGACUCGAUUCCAGAAUUGUCUGAUAAAAACUAAGCUAAUCGAGAACGAACGUCGCCUAUCUCGGCGCUUAAAAUCCUCCUUCUUGAUAAGCCGUUCGCGAUUAAGUGUUGCGCGACGACCCAAACGAAAGCUCUGCUGUAUAUUUAUUGACUUCUGAUGACGAAUACGCUGUUUGUGGAACAAAUUUCUUGCCAAAUCAACUUCUUUGCCGGAAAUAUUUAGCGACGAAAUUCUUCUUUGUAGAGGAGACUUUCGAUCACGUGCCGGGCAACGAAAAGGAUCAAGUUUCACCGAUAUGCAGAUAUAGGACGAACCUUGGAGACUUCCGACACCGCCGUACGAUGAUACUGAAGGUAUAUAUAAACGGACAUAAAACGGGCGAAAAUCGCGGAAAGGAACUCAACAACGUGUGAAUGAAUUUUUCAUCAACUUGCCGGCAAAAACCUGAACGACAAUGCCGUAAAGCGAUCUACUGCCGGCGUAAUUCGAUAUUCCAUGGGCAAAAAAAUAAUUAUAAUAUUCAUUAAUUUGACCGGCCAAAAUCGGGGUUUGUCCGGGCUAAAAAAUAUUUGGCCGGUCAUCAUGACCGGCGACCUGCUGUCCGUUAUUUUGAGCCUUGAUAUGGAACUUGAAAAAAUAUUAGUGAAUGACAAAAUCACCGUUUUUUGUCAAACAAAUAUUAUAUCUCCCAAGCAUUGUAUCAACCGUUAGAAACAACAAAAAUGAACUUUGAAAAACUGUUGGCUAACAGGUUUUCAAAAACCAUAGAUUGCAAUGUGUUUCAAUCUUCUUCAGGUUUGUCCAUCCCUGCCUCCUUUUUUAUUUACUGUGUUAUUUUUACCUUCUUUUAAUUUUUGCGCGGUGAUUUUUAUGUUUCGCUAAAUUUGGUGUCAGUUCCCGCUGUUUCAAUUUUGAUAAAUUUCGUGAUACAGCAGCUCCGUUAAAGUCCUUUUGCUUUCUCUCAUGCAGGUUUGUGACGACAAACUGGGUUCGUGUCAUUGAAGCUCUGAUAGUUUCGACUUUGAGUGCUACUUCUGCGUUCGUGUUAAUCUACUUCUACCAUGACUGCAAACCCAUAGGAGCCGCAAACAUAACCAGACCACUGCAGGUACUGCUAUUAAUAGCAGAGCUCCACGCGCGUACGAGCAGAGCCCCAUAGCUAAGAAAAUGUGGUUAUUAUUCCAUUUCCAUCCGAUGUAUUUUGGUAGUCACGUGACCGUACGUACUUUCACCCUUCCUUCCGCACCAGAGGGCAACCAAUGUGAAAGCUCACACUUUCUAGCUACUGUCAGAGCCUGAAACCUGAUAUUGCACAUCCAUGUUGUAGUCAAUUGACAGCUGUCAAAACAGGGUGUCCGCUGACCAGUAUCACAUAAUUAUAUCGCGGGCUCGGGUGUCGACCCAUCGAUGGUACAUGUUUUUUUGAAAUUAUCCACUGAUAAGUUACUAGUUUUCAAAUGAUCGCAGGCUCAACUCCAAACAGAUUUCUUUGCAAUGGUUACAAGUUAUUGGUUGAAGUAAAUAAUUAUUAUUAUAAAUUUAUCAACGAGAGCUUCGCCUUUAGCCUUGCCUAAUCAAUAUACCUUAUUACAUGAAAUUUUGGCGACACGUUAAUUUAGCGAUUUUGAAAAACCCUUGUUUAGCACCAUUUUAAUUUUUCGUAAAUUUUGGAAUGUAAGUCACUUAAUUUUCGCGAUUUUACGAACUGAAACUUUAGCGAAUGUGAUAAAAAUAAUCAUGAACGUCAAUAGCUUCAUUUAAAUCAAAAUCAUACAACGUCCUGAUAAUUUUGAACGAAACUGCCACUGUCCUCGCUCAUAUUUAAGGUACAUUGUCACAGAAAACGUGAGCUGUCUCUCCUUCACUCCCCUCUGCUUUCUCUUUUCUUUUUUCUCUCUCUUUUCACUUAUGUUUCAAAAUGCCUUGAACCAUAUGACAAUAAAUUUGGCGUUAUAACCUGAGAUCAAUAGGAAUUUCUCUCACACUACUUUUGUGCGAUACUACAAGCUAAUGCAAGUCAUAUUUCGCUUUCUUCCUUUGUCUAGUUUUUCUGUGAGGAUGGUGAAUACAGUGCUAUGGGAACAUUAGUAUUCAGCACACCGGAGGAGUCAAUUAAAAACCUCUUCCAUUUACCCGAAGGUACGCCGGAAUAGCCAACGGGGUCGCUUCGUGCUAGCUGGGAUUUUUAACCUUUGAUGUUGUAUUUGAAACAUAUUUGUAUUUUUUUUUCAAACUCCCAAGGUCAGAUUUCAAAGAGUGUCAUUAUUUAAGCGGGAUGUAUCGAAGCCAUACUUUAAAUUUUAAUUUUAAGAAUAUUUUUGCGGGUUCUAGCCUAUACUUGUGUUUGUUUCUACUGUUUCAUUGCGCUGUUUUUCAAAUCUCUUAAUUCUUGGAUCUUUGAUUAGACAUUGUAAAGUUAAAACGGCUUUUGCAGGCUGAAAAGACGUUCGGAUUUUCCAGCAUUAGAUUUUCUCUUACCUAGUUUCGUUAUGCCUUGAGGUGACUGUAUUCUCAUAUUUUUUAAUACUUCCAUAUUAGGUUCGUACCAUGUGACUACACUAGCUGGUUUCGCCCCAGUCUACUUCCUGUUAGCCACUUGGACCUACGGCUUGUUUGUUCCCAGUGGUCUUUUUGUGCCAUGUAUCUUAACCGGGGCGGCCUGGGGACGGCUGUUUGGGGUAGCCUUGAGGACAUGGUUUCCUAAAGGAACCUGGGGAGAACCUGGAAGUUAUGCCUUGAUUGGAGCGGCUGCAACACUUGGUAAGCUGUAAAGUAUUGCACAAACACUUGACAAACGGAACCAAAGUAGACUGUUUGUCUUAUGUAACUCUAAAAAUAUGUUCGCUAUUUAACGUCCUCGUGAAUGUAGUCCGGAAUAGGACUGUUGUUGACAGUGACUGACGUUUUGACAACCUGUGCGGUAGUCACCUUCACAGUCAAACUGAACUAUAUCGCGUCAGUUGAUAGUAUGGUUAUAGACCUGAUUAGCCAGUAAGUCGCGAUGUGAUUGGUUUUCUGUCAAUUAAGCCGAAAUGUUAUUGGCUAUGAAGGCUCUAGAUGUGAUUUAUGCGUUUGUAUCCUCGUUUUGCCAAAGUUACAAUUGCCGUUUAUUUUUAAGUCAAAUUGUUGGUUGUCCAUUCAUUCUAUCGUUAUCAGUUUUGCCGACUUGAGUCCGUUUGUAAGGGACGGUAAAUGCUGACUUCGAUUCAGUGGCGUUUGUCUUAAGUUAGUGAGCCAGCUUUAGUUAGUGAGUCGUUGAUAGUAGCCUGUAAAAUUAGUAAUGCAUGUCGCAGAGUCCCAGUCGAUUUGAUGUUUCGCCCGGUCUGUAAAUGGUGUUCAGCAAUGUGAUUGUUGACAUCCAUAAUUUUUUGUCGCUCGUUCUUGUUCAGUCGCUCGUUUGUGUUCCAUUUGUGUUAAGCAUUCAGCCGUUAUUGUUGAGUAAGAAGUUGUUCUCCCGGCUGUUCAUGCACGGUAAUCUAUAAUGCCACUCUGCAUGCCACUGGGGAAGUCUUCUAACAUGCCUCUAAACGUUUCGUCCGAACUUCGUGCGCUGUAUUUUCUACGAGUAUACUCCACGCUGUGUAUUAGAUCACAAGGUGGUCGGGACUGAAGCCAGUCGAAAUCUCUUUCCAAACCAAUGUAAAAAAAAAUGCAUUGGUAGUGUAUAGCCACAGUAGUACCAAAUUUUUUCCGUAAGGCAUACACAAAACCUUUCUUGCUUGCGCCUUACGGAAAACAGCCUCUCCUCUAUUGACUACAGGUCAAGAAGCGUGUUUUGUUGUAAGCUGCCUAACGGUUUUUUGCUCUUUUCUCGCUCUCCUUGCAGGUGGUGUUGUCCGAAUGACAAUCAGUCUCACUGUUAUUUUGAUGGAAGCGACUGGAAACAUCAGCUUUGGCAUUCCUAUAAUGCUUGUCCUUAUGAUCGCCAAAUGGGUCGGAGAUUUCUUUAACGAGGUGAGAAUUUGAGCAUGUGCAUUUACAACAACAACGAAACAUUUGUAUCUUCAGUUUUCCCCCAAUUUAGCAAGCAGGAUGUUUUUUUUUUUUCAAUUCUUCAUUUCUUUUCACACUUCUGCUUCACGGAAGUCUUGGGUGUGCGUUGAUAGUGCUUAUGAAAUCCAAUUUGUCGUUUGUCCUUGAAACGGCACACCUGUGACAGUCUUUCGAAGGAAAAUGAAGCGUUGGGGGGGGGAGAUUCAGUGCGUGAGGGAAAAGGAAAGGAAGUUCCCCGGGUAUUCCCCGUCCCUCUUCCACUUCAAACUGCUGUCACCCAGGCUAUGAAAAAACCGACUUGUCGUCCCCAAGUGGACAAUAGGUUAUUCACUGGUAUCUUAGCAUCCAUUUAUCUUGACUCCUUAUCCUUUGGCCUAGCCUGUUCCGGACGUUCAGAUAAUAGAGAGCGAACUUAAAUGGGGCGCGAAGAAAAUGAAAACGAGGGAAGGGAAAGAGAGGAAAGAGAGUCCUACAGGCGUUCCCACGACGCUCUUCCUAGUCCUCCCUCUGCUUUUCCUUGCUUUCUUUACCCCGCGCCACUCCCUACUAUCUGAACGCUUGAAACAGGCUACCUUAGGCCUUUCUUUGUAUCCCAUUUCUCUUUUUCCCUUCGGCGAGAUCCGUUCCAGUUGUUACGAGGGCUUUUUCCCUUCUUUUCGUUUCGACCACCUCUAAACAAGGUUUCAAAUGUGAAUUAUUUACUUACUCUCCUCAGGGUUUAUAUGAUAUCCAUGUCAAGCUACAAGGUGUUCCGUUACUCGGCUGGGAGGCUCCUGUAAUGGCUGUUGGAAUGAAUGCUAGGUAAUCCUACAGCACUAAUUUGUUACUGGCCCCUUGCUCGCACACCGGAUUUCGAAUGAAAUCCAUCAUUCACUUUCCAAACGUCCUGGCGACUUUUAUGAGGGAUACUUUGAACUUUAGGUCAUAAAAUCGGAGCCAAGAUCUGGAACACGCUUCCGCUGGCCCUGAGGAGCGAGCAUGAUUUAAAUAAGUUUGUUUUGGUGUGGCCUAAAAAGGCACUUUAGAUCCAAGCCAAAUUGAGCCUCCAGUACUUUCUCUUUACUUAGUUGUUCCAUUUUUUUUUUAUCUGUUAUUGUUUUUUGUGUUGUUUUUUCUCUUCAUCAGGGCUCCAUUCAAACCAGCCUCGCUGAACUGGGCACCCCUGACUAAAUAUUGUUCAAAAUAAAAAAAAAAUCAGGAAAAAAAGCAAAUUAACCCCACAUAAAUACAGCUUAACGUUUUUCGACGACAUGGGAAGGACAUUUUUAGCUUAAAAAAUUAAACGAAAACACAGUUGUAGAUUGGUGUUCUGCACAUGAAAUACCUUAUCAAGACUCUGUUUGGAAAAGCACACUCUGUCAGUUGAUAUCGAGGCGAAAACAUCACGGCAGAAGCAUGAUAAUUCUCAUUUAGUAGAUAACGAGUCGUUUGAAUCAAAGGUAAACCCAAUCAAGCACAUGCCAAAAGUUUCCAGUCACUGAAUGUAAUCCUUUGUUGCCAAAAUAAAAUUUAAGGAGAAGUGAUAAGUUUCUCUGGGCCUAAUACUAAAACACUAAAAAGCGAGGUUUUGUUAGAAUGGUCACGGAAUAGGAUUUCCACAGACAAAAGCGUUAGACCUUCAUUACCAGUAACCGCGGUCCAUUGUUUGUGGGAAGUACUUCUGAAGUACCCUUUUGAUUUUGGUAUUUUCUCUUUCUUGUCUUUCAGUAAGUUCUCGUUUUGACUUAUGUUUAUUCGCAAUUUUUGUUUGUUCAUUUUUUCAGUGAUAUUAUGAGUAGACAAGUUGUUUGUUUUAACACAGUGGAGAAGGUAAGUACCUUGUGUGUGUUUAUUGUCUCAUUCAUCGAUAUUUGUUUCAUUGCUUUAUUUUCACGUCUAGUGCUGUGGUGCAGAAUCGGAUGUGGGGAGUAUCAACCCCUGGGGAUCCCCUGAGGGGCACUUAGGGGAAAUUUGGGUAGAGGUGUACCGCCGAGGCGAAAAAUGUCGUUUUUUUCCCUACCCUGUUCAAGACAAGAGACCAACAAGAGACCUCAUUCAGUGACCCUGAUUCAUGUUGCUUCGCAUACAGAAUCAAGUAACUUUUAAAAAAGGCAGCAUUAAAUUAGUUUUUUUAAGGGGGGGAUGGUGGGGAAGUGUAGGUACCACACAUGUAGACGGUUCGUCACCGUCUUUACACUCUUUGUUGCAACAAUGUUAACGCUGGGGUGCACUGAAAAUAGUCGUUACGAUACUCGUCCUGUGUGACAUCGCUUUGCGAAACUAUUCACCCUACAAUUAGUGGAAUUGAGUCUUGAGUCGUGAGUUUGCUUACAAAAAUCAGUAUCAGCGAUCGCUGAUGUGUGCAAUUUUGAAUGUGUGUGCAGACAGACGGACUAUCUUUGCGACUUUUGAGUGACUUUGAUUACUUGUAAUUACUGUAUUUACUGUCAGGUUGGUCGAAUAGUUGACGUGUUAAAGGAUAAACGCUCACACCACAACGGUUUUCCUGUUGUCGAUUGCCUUGACUCGAGUGACAAGGAGGUAAACUUUUUGUCCUGUGUUUGUGAUGUUAUGAAAUUGGCAGAAGUGGUAUGGUUUACGUGAAACUAACGUUGUCAUUUUUAGCGAUUCUUGACGCAAAAGCCCCCACCCCCCAAAACAGCUCCGCCCGAAAUAAACAUGAAUGUUGCUUUUUAAAGGUGUAAUGAAAAAGCUACAAAACAGCGGUCCCCAGCGUAGCGUUUUCGAUGUCAAUUACGGUAACAAUAAUUUCCUCGUUGAAUUUUUAAUCACGCCGAGGAUUACUUAACUUUGCUGUUUUCAGUUUGUAAAACUUCCGUGCCAUCAUACAAUAAACUGGGGAAAAAAAAAACUGGGGGUGGCUAGCCCUUCGGAUUUCACCAAGCCGUUCCUUAUCAGGAGGCCCGCUAGGUAUCUCCCAUUCGUUCCGGCUUUAGUAUGUGGGAUCAGAAAUCCCAGCUAGUGUAUGUGAAAGUCCGUAUUUAAAUGACUACGGAAGGCACAUCUUAUCCAUGUGGGAGCCAUUUAGUGUUUUUUCCUUUUUAUUCUUCAUCGCGAAGUCUAUUGAAGCGUGAAAUUCACGGCGUAUCGAUAAAUCAAUAACUCUUAACUGCAAUUCGACUAUUGUCAGCGGCAUAAGUCAAUUACUUACUUUUGAAUUACGGUUUCUGCCAUUACGCAUGCGCAUUGUGUCAAAAAGUUUCGGCAAACUCGACCAUUUAAUCCAAGCUUUGCAUACAGGAGCAAAUAUAUUAAAAACGUUGUAGAAAGCCAAAGACAAAUUGAAACAUUUUUGAUUGUGCAAUUUUUUUUUUUUUUGAGGUUAAAAUAAAAUGCCAAAUUGGGUCUUUAAAAAAAGAAGACAGCAAAACACUAAUUUUAACAUCAAGUUAAGUCAGGAGCCCAUGUCCUGGUUAAGUUAACUGUUGUUCUGAAUUCAGUUCCUCGCAAACACUGAACGUCAGUAAUGCAAAAUGCAGUCGGAGACCUCUCUAAUAACAUAAAUUCAAGCCGUGGCCAUGUCUUGCAGGGAGUGGAUAAAAAGAUAUUUACAUGUACAUUAACCGUCUUUAAUUACGUGGCUUGCAGCGUACCCAUUAAACAGACGGUCUUUCUUUGUAACAUUUUAGGAUAGUGGAAGUGCUAGCAGUAAAGCAACAUUUGGGACAUAUCGUGGCUUAAUCUUAAGAUCACAGCUUAUUAUUCUUCUUAAAUCAAAGGUGAGGUUUAAAAUUUGUUCUUGUUACCGUCGUUAUGGUUCUUUCGUCUUAAAAAUUCCUGACCACAAUUAAAGAUUGCCGUAGGCACAGAACACAGCCCUUUCUCAGCGGCGCGUCGAGGUUUAUAUCAAGUACAGGGUAUCGCUCUAUCACAUAUUUGUAUGCAUUUUUUAUUGCUUUCAUUCUAGAAGAGAGCGGUACGUUCGAAAUUUUUGCUCCGUUAUUCCGCAGGUUACGUGAACGCACCCGGAACUUAUUAGAAUGCUUGACUGCGCAAAUUACAUUACCUUUCUAGUCAUUCUAAGCAAUGACCGCGAUUUUCCAACUUCUGACAACCACUUCGUCUAAAGUUUUCUUAUGUUGUCUUGGCUUCUGUUUUUUCUACAGACGUUCGCGGAAGGCAACCCACCGAGGUGUAAAAAUAAAUUAACCCUGAGAGACUUUAGGGAUGCUUACCCACGAUUUCCGCCUAUUCGGGUACGUAUAGCCCACGUCCUAACCCCAAUUCCAGCGCUCUGACUGCUCGACCACGCUACCUACCUCACUUAGCAAUAGAGUUUAGUGAAUGUGUUUUUGCUUUUACUCUAGAACGUUAGUAUAUCUCAGAAGGAAAGAGAAUGUUAUAUGGACCUGAGGCCUUAUUUAAACCCAUGUCCUUACACAUUAUAUGCGGUAAGUUAUGAUUUAUUUUUCCUUAGGCGACCAAAUUAAAAAAAGUGUUCGAAAUUCCACACUGAAAUUAUUUUAGCACGGUAGGAUCUUCGGCAUGCCUAGUUAUACCAUUUGUUUUUUGUCCUGAGACUCUUCCAUAAGUUAACGUCGCAAACAAAACUAAAAGAAACUACGUGUUCUUUAUUUGGCUUGUCAUUUUUCUUGGGGACAGGUUCUGCGAACACCUCAGAUCUGUCUCAAAGAAAGCUGACCUACCCGUUGCUAAACAUUUUUCCUCCCCCGGUCACACAACAGAUGAUAUGAUGGUAGCUGUUGUUCGAGCGGGUCUUCACAACACCAGGGACAGACGUAGAGCGGAGGGCCACCUAAUUUUUAAAUGCAAAACUCUACAGCCGCGCGGCAUAAACAUUGACUUCAAUUUUAUUUGAGCGAACUCUUCCAGCGCGCGCUUCAAAUGUUGCCACAUUUGAAUAAAAUGACGCGCGUUCAGUGUAACGGCAUCUUCCACUGAUGAAGGGACAGUAGUCCCGAAACGUCUGGAUUUUCAAACAUUUUAGCGCUAAGAACACAAAGACAAAUUUUAAUUGUCAUUUCUCUAGCCUGGGACCAGAUUAACUCUUCAUCUGUCAUUGCGACAAAUCUACAUUAUGGACAAUUCUUAUUGUUACAAAGCUACCAUAGUUCCAGCCUGCUAGAAGAACCUUUCUUUCACUUGCUCGAUUUUGUCGUACUUGAGAAAGACUGUGCAUGAAUCGAGCAAGAUUUUUGUUGAGCAUUUGCGGCAUUUUCAGCCUAGGAUAUAGUUGCGAACCCAGGCCUAAUAGCCUUGCGCUUGCUACAGCGGGCUCGGUUAGGGCCAUCGGUUUAUCAAUCAAUGGAUGCUCGCACUCGAAAAAACCAGUUUUACGAGAGAGGGCAAGGUUGACUAAUCCAGAAGUUUGAGCUUCGGUGAACUCGAAGGUUUGCUUGGCGUGAUUCAAGAAAAGCAUCCUUUCCUCCUCCUCAAUCAAGAAGGCAAAGGAGGCUGUACUCCCACUUUGCCAAAGUUCGUGCACUUACCGCCUCCAGAAUAUUUUUAGAACGGGAACCUCUCUAUAACGAACAUUUUGCUUUGUCCUAAAGAGUUUCAUUCAAUCCCUGCCUUCACAAUACGCACACCUCCACGAAACGAGGCACAACCUCUCAGAUACGGAAAAUUUGUUAGAUGAUACUAAAAGUCAUACAGUCCCUACCGUUUUGAUAAAGACAGGAAAGGUGGGUUCGUGAUAAAGAAAAUUCAUAGGUGCCUUGGGUAGGCCUUUCACAGUAAUUUUUAGGUAUUUAUUAUAACUCCAAAAAUGGAGUAAAGAUUUUAGGUACAGGAUAACCCCUUUUAUGGGGUUACUUUAACUCCUAUUUUAACUCCAAAUUUGGGGUCACUUUUACUCCUGAAGAAGGGGUUAAUUUUACUCCUUACAUGGUUUGUUUUAUAACUCUUUUUGGAGUUACUUUAACUCUGAAAGUGGAGUAAAAAUUUUAGGUACAGGAUAACUCCUUUUUGGGGGUUAUUUUAACUCCUCAAUAUCUGGGUGAUUUUUGCUCCCCAAAAAGAGCUCUUUAAAACCUUUUUUGAAGUUAAAAUAACUCCCCCAAAAAAUAACUCCAUUGGUAAGGAGUUAAAUUAACCCCACUAGAGGAGUUAAUAUAACUCCUUGAAAAUUUGUUUGAUUGUUUGUUUCUUCAGAAUGCUUCUCUGUCACGAGCGUUUAGAUUAUUCAGGGCCUUGGGACUAAGGCACAUAGUGGUGAUAGAUGAAAACAACAAGGUGGGUGGUCUGCCUUUGGGAACUAAACUGUGGUUCCGUUUAGUUUGUUUUCUGGUCGUAAGAAGGUUUCUAUUUUAUGGUGCUUCAAACUGGUACAAUAGAACCCGGUUAAUACGGACAACUCCAAGGGGGCAGUUUCCCUAUUAUCCGGUUCUCCGUAUUCAUGUAGUAGACAAAGAGGAAAAAGGUUCGAUUCCUAGGUGGAAACAAUGAUUGUAGGAAAAAGCCAAGGAAAACUUGUUAGCAGGAGACAGAACACUUUAUUAAAAGGCUUCAAUACAAGGGUCAAACUGGAGAAGAAAGACGGACUUAUCAAAAUCAAACAUGUCGUGCUAUUUUGCUGCUGUUUUUUUUUUUACAGUAAAAAAAUCGUAUUAAACCAUAGAAAUCUGUCAUUAUUUGAACAGUGGUCAAUCUCUACAAUUAGCAUAUGAUUGUGACUAGGAAAAUAGAAAGUGCGUGGGAAACCAGUGUCCGUCGGUAAAGCGGGGUUGACGAUAUAUAAGAGUUUGUGACCUGGGACACAGGAAAUUGUCCGUGGUUCGUAUUAACCGGUGUCCGUAUUAAGUGGGUGUCCGUAGAGCGGGAUUCCACUGUAUGAUGAUCUGAUGCGCUUGUGUCCUGUGAUAGGUUGUUGGAAUAGUAACAAGGAAAGAUAUCGCUCGUUAUCGAAUGUGGAGUCAUCGCGGUCAGAUUGGCUUAGAGGAAGUACACGUCUUGGAAACAAACACCGUACAACAUUUUUAA